AUGGAUUCCCUGCUAACACAGCACGCCGCCACGGCGUCGCCCUCCAAGAGGCGCUUGCGAGGGGCCGGAGACGCGGCGCCGGGCAGGGUGGAAUUCGGACGCGCGCGGCGCAGCGGCAGCGCGAGGGACGUCCUGAGCGUCGCCGGGCUCGGCCGCUUCCUCGGCCAGGCCGCCGGCGCCGUCGACCACGGCGGCAGCAAGAACUCCCGCGGCGUGGAGGACGUCGGCACGGUGCGGCUCUUCGUGGGCCUGCCGAUCAACUCGGUAACGGACGGCGCGGCGGUGAACAGCGCCCGGGGCAUCGAGGCCGGGAUACGCGCCGUAAAGCUCCUCGGCGCCGACGGCGUGGAGCUGCAGGUGUUCUGGUCCGUGGUGCAGCCGGAGUCGCCGGACCGCUUCUCGUGGGCCGGGUACCGUGCCGUGGCCGACAUGGCGCGCGCCGAGGGCCUCAGCCUCCGCGUCUCCCUCCGCAUCCACGGCUCACCCGGCGGCAACGUCCCGAAGCUCCCGGCCUGGGUCGGCUCCGCCGCCGCCACCGACCGGGACAUCCUAUUCACCGACCGCAACGGUGAUCGCCACGAGGACUGCCUCUCCUUCGCCGUCGACGAGCUCCCCGUGCUCGGCGGCUUGUCACCGCUCCAGCGCUACGAGGCCUUCUUCCGCAGCUUCGCCAACGCCUUCGAGGACCUCUUCGAAUCCACCAUCACCGACGUGACUGUGGGGCUGGGGCCGAACGGCGAGCUCCGGUACCCGUCGUACCCUCCGGGGAGCGACGCGACCAAGUUCAUCGGCGUCGGCGAGUUCCAGUGCUACGACAAGUACAUGCUGGCCCAGCUGAGGCAGCACGCGGAGGCGUUCGGCCAGCCGCUGUGGGGGCUCUCCGGCCCGCACGACACGCCGCGGUACCACGAGUCGCCGGACUCGUGCGACUUCUUCCGGGACCAGGGAGGGUCGUGGCAGAGCCCCUACGGCGACUUCUUCCUCUCCUGGUACGCCGGGAAGCUGCUGAGCCACGGCGACCGCGUGCUGGGCAUGGCCAGCCGCGUCUUCGGCAACAAGCCCGUGGAGCUGUCGGCCAAGGUGCCGUUCAUGCACUGGUUUCACGGCGCCAAGUCGCGGCCAGCGGAGGCGGUGGCGGGGUUCUACAAGAGCAACAAGAAGAACGGGUACAGCCCCGUGGCCAAGGUGUUCGCCAGCCACGGCUGCACCAUGGUGGUGCCCGGCAUGGACGUGUGCAUGAACAAGCAGCACCGGAGCACGGGGUCCAGCCCGGACCAGCUGCUGGUGCAGAUCAAGAACGCGUGCCGACGACACGGCGCCCGGAUCGCCGGCGAGAACGCGUCGCUGGUGAUGACGCACACCAGCAGCUUCUCCAGGAUCAGGAGCAACAUCCUCACCACGGAGCGGAUGCGGCCGUCGCACUUCACGUACCAGCGGAUGGGGGCGCAGUUCUUCUCACCGGAGCACUGGCCGCAAUUCACCGAGUUCGUGCGCAGCGUCGUCUGCGGCGAGUGGGACGAAGACGACGAGGAGCGCCAGAUGGCCGCCGCCGUCUCCGGCAGCGCCAAGGCCUGGGAGGCGCAAGCAGUUUGA